AUGCUGCCAUUCUUUAAAUCUUCUCAGGAGCAUUCUGUCGAAAACGUAAUUAACAGAAUUAUCAGUCCUUUAAAAGGAGGUCUACUCACUGUCAAAUUAUUCGUUUGCAUCUUGCUGAUCAUCAUCUUGAUGACGUCAAGUUAUUUUUAUCUGGUCUAUACUGAUCUUCAUGAAGAGAAAACAAAAUUUUCGUCAAUUUUGGAGAACUUUAUGGCGGACAAGAUUCAUAUCGCUUUGCUGGUCGACGGAGGACCAGGUCUAUUUUACUUGGAUAGUCUUCUGAAAUCCAUCUUCUAUAAUCAAGAAAGAUUUAGAUGUGAUUUAAAAAAUUGUUGCAUAUCAAAUCUUUGUGAUAGAUUCACUGAUAAUUGUCCAAAAUAUGAAGAGAGAACAUCACAUGUUUAUCCAAUUACACUUCAUUUGUUGACCAAUAAUAGAUCAAGUGGUGAUUUAUCAUAUUUAAUGAAUAUGUGGAAGAUACGUGAUCUGGAGUAUCACUUUUAUGACUGUAGUAAACAUAUGGAUAAUCUUCAGUGGAUCGUAUCAAAACAUUCUUCAGGAGCGAAGCCGUUUUUGAAAUUAUUACUACCUGAUAUUCUUCCCUCAUCUGUUCACAAGGUUAUUGUACUUGAUAUUGACAUACUCUUUAAUGCCGACAUUGUUGAACUAUGGAAUCAUUUUGAAAAAUUUCAAGAAACCCAGAUGAUAGGUAUUGCGUUGGAGCAAAAUCCUCAUUUUGAAAACGUUAUGAAGGACUUGAUCAAAGAAUGGGAGGGUUAUGGAUACAAUGGUGGCAUUUUAUUAUUUGAUCUCUUCAAAUUACGAUCAAUCAUGUGGAAUGAAAUCUGGAUAAGUAUCACUACAUACUUAUUGGGAAUUCAAGGUUAUUUAAUCACUGGAGAACAGGACAUAAUGAACGCCAUUGUGUUUAAAUACAAAGAUCUUUUAUAUGAAAUUCCAUGUCAAUGGAAUGUUCAACUAAGUGAUGGAUCAGACAAAUUCAGGUGUCCUGUCGGUUGGUUGAGUCCAGUUGAAUUAAGAAAACGCAAUUAUUCCACGAUUGUUAAACAACCCAAAAUCGUACAUAUUAAUCAUCACUUAAAGCCAGAAGAUAAGAAAGAUAAGCGCUUUCUGUCAACUGAGAACAUUGAUCGGUCAGAUACAGUACUUGAAAAUAGUGAAUUGUAUGACAAGUUCAUAUCAGAAUACUUCAAAUUUCGUUUACUUGAUCGAGCUUGUUUCCAAUAG